GUGGUUCUAGAUGUUGGCUGCGGAUCAGGAAUCCUUUCAUUUUUUGCAGUGCAGGCUGGAGCUAGAAAAGUCUAUGCCGUUGAAGCCAGUUCAAUGGCAAAAUAUGCGGAGCUGUUGGUGAGAAGCAACAACCUUUCUGACAAGAUCACAGUUCUGUCUGGAAAAAUUGAGGACAUCUCCCUGCCUGAGAGUGUUGAUGUGGUAAUUUCUGAACCGAUGGGUUAUAUGCUGUUCAAUGAAAGGAUGUUGGAAAGUUACCUCCAUUCCAAAAAAUGGUUGAAGUCAAAUGGAAUGAUGUUCCCAACAUACAGUGACAUUCAUUUGGCUCCUUUUUCCGAUGAGCACCUGUACAUGGAACACUACUCUAGAGCCAAUUUUUGGUACCAAGAAUGCUUUUAUGGGGUCAAUCUGUCCAGUCUCCGCAGUGCAGCUGUGAAUGAGUAUUUCCGACAACCUAUUGUG